AUGAGAGGAAAAUCUUCUUCGAAGAAACGAAGUGCAAAAAAUGGUGGAAUAGAAGUAAAAGUUGAUGAAAUGAAUCAAGAACCCCAUCUCUCAGGUGCUUAUAUUCGUAGCCUUGUCAAACAAUUGACCUCUUCAAGAUUAACCAAAGAUUCUGCACACCCUAAAUUGCAAGAAAGUUUAGUGGGAGAAGGGAUUUCAAGCACAAAAAUGGCAGACGAAUUUAGUGAAAGAGUGCAAGAGUCUCCUCAUCAAGAGCAGAAAAAACAAGUUAGGAGGAGACUCCACACUAGCAGACCUUAUCAAGAAAGGCUUCUAAAUAUGGCUGAGGCCAGGAGAGAAAUUGUCACUGCCCUUAAGUUUCAUAGAGCUGCUAUGAAGCAAGCCAGCAAGCAGCAGCAGCACCAGCAAUGUUCCCGACUUUCUUUAGAACAUGAAUCACUACAGAAAAACGUGGCAUCAGUGACGGACUUUUCCAACUUUGAGGACAAUUUCUCAUAUUCAUCAGAGUUUUGUCCUCCCUAUAAUCCCUACACUUGGGGUUUGUCUCCAACUGCACCACCAGUACUUGUCCAAGAAAAUAUGAAUUUUCCACUCCCAAACCAAACGUUAGGCCUCAAUCUUAAUUUUCACGAUUUCAGAAACUUGGACACUAUUCCUUAUCAUAACAACAACAACCCAUCGAUUUAUUCAUUCUCAUCUCCAUCUUCUUCUUCUUCUUUUUCGCUGCCUCUUUUGACCCCGGAAGUAAUUCCUUCCAUGGCUGCCACAUCACAGGAGGGUCCUUCUGUGGUGGCUACUGAUGUUGCAGACUUAGGCUUGCAUCAAGCAAUGGAUGAUAAUGAAAUGGCGGAGAUAAGAUCAAUUGGAGAACAGCAUCAAAUGGAGUUUAAUGAUACACUGAAUUUAGUCAAUUCAGCCUGGUGGUUCGAGUUCUUGAAUGCCAUGGAAAUUGGUCCUGCAGAAAAAUCAGAAGACUAUGGGGCCUUUCCAUUUGAUGUGGUCAUGGAGUUUCCAGCCUGGUUGAAUGCAAAUGAAAGCUGCCUGCAAAAUCUGAAUGAUUAUUAUUCUGAAGAAUACCUGCAAGAUUCUACUUUGCCAAGGUAA